AGCGACUCCCCCUCAUCAUGGCUGCACAAAUCCUCGCACAAAUCCACAAGGCAUUUGAAACUCGCACCUGCGAGUUUCUUACAUUCCCGGGGCUUCCUCCAACCGUGUCCGCCAAAAUUCUCGAAAACCUUCUCUCAGAGAAAGAUCCCAUUGCCCUUGGCUUGAGGUGAGUACAAGUGCCAGAGAUAAAGUUUUCCUACAGAACUGGGUUUAUUUUACGGGUUAACCUAAAUGAACUGUUCGGAUACUUUAUCCCUAUACCUUGUAUAUGCCCAGUACGAGGAAGAGUAUAUUUAACUAUUAAUAGAAUUCACUUUAUUGCUCCCGACGGGUACCUUCGGAUUGUCAUGGCGAGUCGCCUGCAUGAAACUGCGGUCGACUGGUUGAGAAUUGAGUUUGGCUUGUGGAUUGGCUACGGCCUCCUUACGCCAAACACUUCUGUCUUGAUAUCUGAUACCUUAAGUAGUAUGUUCCUUUGCUCUGCCAUAUAGAACUUCCUAGUCUAUACUAAUAAUUGAAUAGUAUAUGAUACCUUUGUUGGUACCUUUGCAAACUCGAAGAAGACACCGGACCUUUGUUAUAGCCCCCGCGUUAAUGGAGUCAAAACCGAGUUUCCAACUGUCGUCCUGGAAGCGGGAUGGAGCGAGUCGCAGGCCCAGUUAGAAUGUGACUGCCAAUUGUGGUUCGAAGGGUCUGCUGGGGCUGUGAAGGUCGUUCUGUUGUUCAAAUUAUUCGAGCCGAAUAUGUUCAACGAAGUUAAGGCUACUCUAAACGUCUGCCGGGUUGUGGAGGGCGCAAUAGUUUUGGAUACAUUGGCAUGCUCUUCCCUGCCCUCCCAUAUCUUUAUCUCUCUUACAUCCUACUAAUUAACCCCCGCAUCCUGCAGAAUAUCUUCCCCCCGCCCUCCGAGUCCAUUCAUGAUCCGUAUAUCACGGUGGAAGAGCUUUUUGGGGACCAAUCUCCCCCUGGCCUGAAUCCCCAGACUCUUUUUCCCUUGUCUUUGGCACGACUUCGCUUUAUAGUUGAACAUGAGCUCCGUAACCAGAGACUAGUUCCUAUGGCCGGCUGAGAACACCUAAACUCAUAUCCUACCCUUUGGCCUUGUUUUUAUCUCUUUAUUGUUUGUUGGUCUAGUAGAUAGAAUGGGUUUCAUCUCCUUUCUUGAUCCCUUUGUAUCCCAGUUGCUGUCGCAUUCCCCUUCCCCCUGCCUUUCUCCCCUUCUGCUAGCGGCGCUUAGCUUCUGCUCCUUUACCGGAUACGGUAUUUGACUUUAUUACCACUCCCUUUCUCAUGUUUGGUCAGAAAUUGGUAAUUACUCGCAUGGGUAAGUAGGAAAAGAUACGAUCCCCCAGCAUCCAACGAGGACGGAGCAAACCUGG